AUGAGGGAAUGCCUGCAAGCCCCGUACAACCCAGAGCCCAACGACCAAACCAAGAAGCUUGACUUGGAAUUUGAGGAAGUGUCCAAGAAUCUCGAGGUGCAACAUGGGAAGCUUGCGCUGAAUCUGGACUUUGUGAACGUGCGCGAAGCUGUCGCUUCGCCGAGUCUCGACUAUGACCGGGAUGCUGUGAACGGGGAGCUGCCGAAAAAGACUGGCAACAAGAGGAAUGGAUGGGGUGUGGAGUGGCGUGUGUCCUCAACUGCGAAAUCAAUCGUGGCGGAUGUGGGGCGCGGGCGUACGGCCAAGCAGGCCGUUGUGACCUCGAAACGAUUGGUUGAAGAUUUUGGAAAGGAAGAAUCAGUGCAUCGAGUGGCCGGAAAAGUUGGGCUACGCUUGCAGCUCCCACUGUCCUAUGUCACAAUCCACAGACAGGCAAGAUUGGUCAGACGAGCAAAAUCGAAAACGAAGGCUAAGGCCAAGGCGAAGGCCAAAAGUAAAUCAAGCCGAUGGGCUCCAGAACCUCCGAGAGAGAUACCGGCUUCAGUGGGUGACUAUCCCAUUAUACGUGCAACGGAUUUCGUGCGACUUGUGGAUAGAUACAACUUCUGGCAGUUCUUCUUCGGGCAAGAUGAUUUCAAUGCUGGCUGCAAGAUGAUGGCAAAUUUCUGGGAUGAUUACAGAAGAAUGUAUCCGGGAUAUCAGCUUUUUGCCAAGGCGGACCGUGGUGAAGUCGAUGUAUCUCGCUGCCUACCUUGCUAUGUUCACGGUGACGAAGGCACCUAUUAUAAGCGAUCUGGCAUCAUGAUCCUGCAGCUACAAUCGCUAUUUGGAAAAGGCACCAGUCUACUUGGGAGACAGGCUUUCGCUGAUCGCUUGGUGGGUGAAGGUGCGGCCAACCCAUAUGUCAACCAGCGUGGAGUUACACUGACAACACGUUUCCUGUUGGGUGUGCUGCCCAAAGAAUCCUGCGAUGAAGAGUACGCGGAAUCUCCAGAAGUGCUGGAGCAGUUCUUUGAGCACAUUGUCGAGGCUACUGCGGGCCGCUUGACGCGCACGUUCCGCCAAGGGCCGAAGGCAGCCUCGGCGGAGAAAGCCGGGACAGGAGUCUGUCACUAUUGCCUCGCAGGCACCCCUGGAUACGACUUCGAGGACAUGUCCCGCAGUAGCACGAGUGUUCAACAAACGUUCAGAAUGGGUCUGUUCAGCCGAAACCCUAAAUACGCCCCAUAA